ACAUGGAUCUUUCCUGUUGUUGUAUAAUAGCUACAGGUUACUCUACUGAUAAUGGAGCACCCUAAACUGAAACCUAGAUAAGUCACACAGCUUUUGCAAGCAGACUGACCUGUUUUUCUGAAAGGAUAGGGUGUGGACACGAUGGAAAUAUUUAUCUUUGCAAUGAGUUGAAACUGUUUCCUGAGCGAGAAAAAAGCAAUAUGAUCUUUGCUCAAUGUUGUAAAAAGGGGCUAUAAACACAUUCCAAGUCCAAACUAUUCAUCGCAUAGGAAUAAACCAAAGUAUGAUCUGAUAAGCGCCUCUAUCUUUUUCUCAUAAAUGCACUGAAAGUCAUUCAGUUGACUUAUUUCAGUCCAGACAUUCACUGUCUCUGAGAGGUGAAAUGGCUCAGCGAGGAAUUCAGAUGGAGGAGGAAAAACUCUGCUGUUCAAUCUGUCUGGAUCGACUGAAGGAUCCAGUGACUAUUCCCUGUGGACACAGCUACUGUAUGAGCUGUAUUAAAAGUCACUGGGAUACUGAGGAUCAGAAGAAAGUUUACAGCUGUCCUCAAUGCAGACAAACCUUUGGAUCGAGGCCUGUCCUGAAGAAAAACACCAUGUUGGCAGAUUUAGUGGAGGAACUGAAGAAAACUGGUCUCCAACCUGUUCGUGCAGACUACUGCUUUGCUGGACCUGAAGAUGUGGGAUGUGAUGUCUGCACUGGGAGAAAGCUGAAAGCUAUCAAGUCCUGUGAGCAGUGUCUGGUCUCUUACUGUGAGCAACACCUCCAGCCUCACUAUGAAUCCCCUGCCUUUGAAAAACACAAGCUGGUCGACCUCUCCAAGAAGCUUCAGGAGAACAUCUGUACUCGUCACAAAGAGGUGAUGAAGAUUUUCUGCCGCACUGAUCAGCAGCUAAUCUGUUAUCUGUGCUCCAUGGAUGAACAUAAAGGCCACAGAACAGUGACAGCAGCAGCAGAACGGGCUGAGAGGCAGAAAGAGGCUGGAUUGAGUCAAAUAAAAAUCCAGCAGAGAAUCCAGAACAGAGAGAAAAAUGUGAAGCUUCUUCAGCAGGAGAUGAAGGCUCUCAAUCACUAUGCUGAUAAAGCUGUGGAGGACAAUGAGAAGAUGUUCAGAGAUCUGAUCCGUCUCAUUAAGGAAAGAAGCUCCGAUGUGAAGCAGCAGAUCAGAUCUCAGCAGAAAACUGAAGUCAGUCGAGUCAAAGAGCUUCAGGAGGAGCUGGAGGAGGAGAUUUCUGAUCUGAGGAGGAAAUGCAUCAAACUGGAACAACUGAAACGCACAGAGGAUGACACCAACUUUCUUCUUCAAUAUCCCUCUCUGACACAUUUUCGUGAAUCCACAGACUUACCCAGUUCAAAAAGCACUCCACUGCAACACUUUGAUGAUGUGGCUGCAGCUGUGUCAGAGGCCAGAGACAAAAUUGAGGAAAUUCUUCGUGAGGAAUGGACCAAAAUCUCACAUGCAUUGACCAACGUGGAUGUCUUUCUGCCAGAAGCAGAGCCAGAGACCAGAGAGGAUUUAUUAAAAUAUUCACAAAGAAUUACAUUGGAUCCAAACACAGCAAACAGAAAGCUGUUGUUAUCCAAGGGGAACAGAAAAGCAUCAAACACAGGGAAAAAACAUGUCUACUCCAGUCACCCAGACAGAUUUAUGAAAAGGUCCCAAGUCCUGAGUAAUGAGAGUCUGACUGGACGUCAUUACUGGGAGGUCAAGAGGAGUGGGAUAGGAAUGUAUUUAGCUGUCGCAUACAAGGAUAUUAGCAGAAUAGGUUCAGAAAGUGAAUUUGGAGUGAAUGACAAGUCUUGGGCUUUGGAAUGUGUAGGGUUUGCAUUUGAAUUCAGUCAUGACAACAUCAAAACUUCAGUCUCUGGUCCUGAGUCUGACACAAUGGGAGUGUACCUGGAUCACAGGGCAGGUAUCCUGUCCUUCUACAGCGUCUCUGAAACCAUGACCCUCCUCCACAGAGUCCAGACCACAUUUACUCAGCCUCUCUAUGCUGGACUCAGGGCCGAUCAUUUUUUGGGUGUGGGAUCAUCCGGAGAGUUUUGUGAGCCAAAAGACAAAAUCAACGAAAGAUUCUGUUGUGAGUUUGUUAAUAUAGGGUUCUCCAACUGCUCAACCAAUGUUUGAUCCCAAUCAAUGCUCAUAUACGUAACUAGAGGAUUUUUGUCUUUUGUUCAGAA